AUGGCGAUGAUGAUGACUGGCCGUGUGCUGCUGGUGUGUGCCCUCUGCGUGCUGUGGUGCGGUGCCGGCGGUGGUUUUGCCAACGAGGCGGAAGCUUCUGCCAAUGGCGCUGCCAGUAAGACAACACCUGCUGACGAAAUUAUCUUGAAUUGGUAUGAGCUGACGCACGAAGAAUGCGCGACGGACAAUACGAAGAAUGGGACGGUGAAUGUUCCAGCGAUGAAGAGAUGCAUAAACUUUGCGAUGAAGGGGAUUUGUGAUACUUUUUAUAAUAAGACGCCGAGCGAAAUUCAUGGCCCUGAGGUUAAGGAUAUGUGUACGUAUUACGCUACCAUUCCAGAUGAGCCCGUCGAAUCCCCAACAACGCAAGGGCCACCACCAGAUUCAGCUGUCAGCAAUACCACCAGUAAUGAGGGGACGCCGAAGAAUGCACCGGAAUUCGAUGCUGCAGGGAGAGGAGAAGGAAAACAAGAUGAAAAGGAGCACGGCAAUACGAAGGAAAAAGCAGUCGAAGCCGCAGCUGUGAAAAAUAUCACGAAGAAUACCGACAGUGACAGUGACGGCAGCACCGCGGUCUCCCACACCACCUCCCCUCUUUUGCUUCUUCUUGUUGCGUGUGCGGCUGCUGCUGCGGUGGUGGCCGCGUGA